AUGAAUUCGUGCAAACCCUUCAGCUGGGAAGAGGUGCAAACCCACAACCAUCGGGAAUCAUGUUGGGUCGUCAUCCACGGGGUCGUCUAUGACCUGUCGGACUUUCUGGACAAGCAUCCAGGUGGCGCGACAUCGAUAUUACGAUAUGCAGGCCAGGAUGCCACACAAGAGUAUGACGCCAUUCAUCCACCUCACACAAUUGAAAAGGGGCUGUCUCGAGACAAACACCUUGGGCGAAUUGAUGUCGAGCAGGGCAAUUCGGAUUCCGUCGUAGCCGUGGCUACCGAUGAGCGCAGAAAGGAAAAGGGCAUCGUAAGCGGUACACCUACACCGACACCGACAUUUACACCCACAUCUCCAGGUUCUAUUACUAUGCCUAUGCCUACGCCUAUGCCCACGCCUAUGUCCACGCCUACAUCUACGCCUAUUGAAGCCUGUCUGAACUUGAAUGACCUGGCAUCGGCGGCAAAAGAGGUCCUCUCGGAGCGCGCAUGGGUGUAUUACUCGUCGGCGGCGCAAGAUAGCCUUACACUGUCACACAACCUGGACGACUGGAAGCGCGUGCGGUUUCGGCCGCGGAUCAUGAGGAACGUACAGAAGGUCAGCACGGCGCGGACUAUCCUGGGCUUUCAGAGUAAUCUCCCGUUUUUCAUGGCGCCGUGUGCCCUCGCCAGGCUGGGACAUCCGGAUGGAGAACUGUGUCUUGCUCGAGGGGCGGCUCGAGCCAACAUCCCAUACUGUGUGAGCAACUCGUCGUCCGUCUCGCACGAGGGCCUUGCUGCAUGUCUCGGGACGGCAACCACCACCACCACCACCACCGGAGCAGGAGGGGGUAGUGGUGUUGGUAGUGAUGGUGGUAGUGGUGGUGGUUAUGGUGGUGAUGGUAGUGGUGGUGGUGGCUGUCUCUUUUUCCAACUGUACGUAAAGAGAUCAAAGAAGGAGACCAUCCAGAAUAUCCGCCGCGCUCGAGACCUGGGGUACAAGGCACUCGUCGUCACCGUGGACACGAACGUGGUUGGCAUCCGAGAGGACGACGAGCGACUCAAAAUCCGGGAGGCGGAGGCGCUGAAGUUGAAGCGUGGCCAACCUGGACAGUUACACCACACUACUACUGACAUGUCCGUUGCCGGUUCCGCUUCCGUUUCCAAGGGAAGGCUGGUCCGGGCACCUCAUUCAUCCACCCUGAACUGGGAAGACUUGCACUGGAUCAAGGCAGCGUGGCAGAACGCCGGCCCCAUCUGUCUCAAAGGAAUCUUGACCGCCGAAGACGUCAAAAUCGCCUGCGACCUGGGCAUCGACGCCGUGUACCUGAGCAACCAUGGCGGGAGGCAACUGGACUCGGCGCCGUCGGCAUUGGUGGCGCUGAUGGAGAUCCGACGAUUCUGUCCCGAAGUGCUCACCAAGUGUCACAUCCUGCUUGACGGCGGCGUGCGUCGCGGCUCCGAUAUUCUUAAGGCUCUGUGUCUCGGCGCGGCGGGUGUAGGCUUGGGCCGUCCUUUUAUGUAUGCUCUUAGUGCAUACGGUACUCAAGGGGUACAUAAGGCAAUUGAAAUGCUGACUGACGAAAUCGAGACGACGAUGCGGCUCUUGGGCGUCACGAGUCUGGAUGAACUAGGUCCGCACUUGGUCAACACCGGUGAACUGGAGAUGCUGAUGGGUCGAAAUGUGCAUGUCUCAGAGCCUCGUGAGACCGGGACCAGCACCAGAUCGAGGCUGUAG